UCUCACAAAGCCAUAGGCAACACAAAGGUUUGUUAUCUCGCAUCUUCUCCCACUGCAAUAACAGGCACGAUGGAGGCAUGUAUGAUGAAACCAGAAGUCAAAAAGAAGCCCAAGCCACCGAAGCCUCCUCUAAAGCCUUCAGAGAUUAAAAGAAUGGAACAAGAGAAACUACAGAAACAAACUCCUCUGGUGCCUCAGCGACCUGCGGACGCUGAACUCAGUCAGACACAAUACCGAAUGAGAAGAGCAGCGACAACAAACAAUGAGGCGAAUGGAAACUCUAUACAAACUCCUGUGGUUCCACCCAGGCCCACAGAAAGGGAACCUAACGCCACCACCAGAUACAGCCAACGCAAGAGAAUACAGGCUGAACACACACAGAGCCAAACAGAAGUUACCAAAGAGGAAACAGACAUUAAACAGACUGACCAGUCGGUCCUGACUGGAAUUUUUCGCCGGAACCAAAAAGAGAAAACGCCUUCGUUCACUAGUCACAUUCCCCCAGACAAAGAGGAAAUCACUGAGGAUGUCCCGGCUAAAAAGGCUCCUGGCAGCAAAUCGGCCGGUCUGAAAGGAGUUAUGAAAGGGUUACAGAUCAAGUCGUCACCAAAGGCCAGCAGAGAGCCGAGCCCAGAUCCCAGCAGCGAGGAAAAGGAACAACCCGCGGAAAAAACCAAGCAGGAAAGAAAUGCUGAAGCUAAACAGGACAUCGGAGAUAAGAUUGCUGGAAUGUUCCGGAAAACACCAAAAGAGAAAUCAUCUUCUCCUGCUGUGACGGUCAACAACGCAGACAGUGAUCCUGAAGAGGAAGAAGAAGAAAAUAAGGAAAAGGGAGCCUUCUUCUCGGGCAUCCGUAGAAAAUCCCAUAAAGCAUCAGACGAGACACCGGCACAGGACAGUCUGAGUGUUCACAGCGAUCUCUCUGCCAGCAGCGACAGUCUGUCUGAAAACAGCAGCAAGGAAAAAGGAGGAAUAUUCAGCGGGAUGUUCAAGAGGUCUCCGAAACAAACAGAAGCUGCUCCAGCUGACGAGGACCGACAGUCUUUACAUGACGACCUCUCGGGCAGUAAUGAUAAUCUGUCUGAAAAAUCUAAAGAAAAAGGAGGGUUUUUCAGCGGGAUGCUGCGAAAGUCUCCCAAGAAUUCUAGAAAGGAAACACCUGAACAGGGUGAAGACACGUUACACGGUGAGCUCUCCGCCAGCUCUGACAGCCUGUCGGAGACCAAGGAGAAAGGUGGAUUGUUCAGUGGACUCCUCAGAAAGACUCCCAAAACAUCUGGAGAGGAGAAUCUAUCGGCACAGAAAGAUCUUUCAGCCAGCAAUGACAGUCUAUCUGAAGCGAGCAACACUAAGGUGAAAGGAGGCUUCAGUGGAUUAUUCAAGAGGUCGCCCACACUGGCAGACAGUCCUGCUGCAGAGGAGGAAACACAAGACGAUGAACUCACGGGCAGCAGUGAAGCUCUCAACACUAAGGAAAAAGGAGGAAUAUUUAGUGGAAUAUUCAAGAAAACUCCUAAAUCUGCAGAAGCUGCUCAACCUGAGGAGGACGAGUCUCCUGACAGCGAUCUCUCAGCCAGCACUGAGAAUUUAUUUGGGAACAAACAGGAGAAAGGUGGGAAGUUGUUUGGUGGACUCCUUAAAAAGACUCCUAAAGCGUCUGGGGAAAGGACAGAGACUCUGGAAGGAGAGGCUGAGAAAGAGCUGUCUGCCAGCAAUGACGACCUGUCUGAGAAUAACACUCCUAAGGAGAAAAACAUUUUUAGCAACAUGUUUAAGAAGCCGCAGAAACCAGCAGAGAGCGCUGCAGCAGACAAGGAUGAGUCUCUCGACAGCGAUCUCUCAGCCAGCUCUGAGAAUGUAUCUGGGAACAAACCGGAGAAAGGUGGAAAGUUGUUUGGUGGACUCCUCAAAAAGACUCCCAAAACGUCUGGAGAGAGGGGAGAGACUCUGGAAGGAGAGGCUGAGAAAGAGCUGUCUGCCAGCAAUGAUGACCUGUCUGAGAAUAACACUCCUAAGGAGAAAAACAUUUUUAGCAACAUGUUUAAGAAGCCGCAGAAACCAGCAGAGAGCGCUGCAGCAGACAAGGAGCUGGAGGUGAACACAGAAAAACUGUUAUCUGGAAGCUGUGAGAAUCUGGCUGACACCCCAGCCCAUAAGGAGAAAAAAGGAGGCCUGGCUGGCAUCUUCAAAAGAUCAGGGAGCAUUGAAAACCUGUUUGACGAGGAGAAAGGCGGGCUGUUCAGUGGUCUUCUCAAGAAAACCCCCAAAGCGUCUGGAGACGAGGCGGCAGCAGAGGACGACCAGCAGGAGCUGUCAGCGAGCAAUGACAGUCUGUUUGAAAACAGCAACACCAAGGAGAAAAAUAUUUUCAGUGGCAUGUUUAAAAAGACUCCUAAACCAUCAGAGGGGGCGACGACUGACGAGGAAUUAAACGAGGAUACGAAUUUAUCAACCAGUUGCGAGAAUUUGUUGGAAGCAAACAAAUCAAAGGAGAAGACUGGAGGACUUGCAGGGAUCUUCAAAAAGUCUCCAAAACCAUCGCCACGCCUAGUCGCUACCAAGGAUCCUCUCAAAGACACAAGCGAGCUGUACGGCAGCUGCGACAGCCUCCCAGGAUAUGGAGAGGAUGAUCCUUCAGCCCUCGCUGAAUGGUCAAACAGUACCGAUGAUCUUAUUGAAAGUUCAAACACAACAAAGGAGAAGAAAGGAGGGUUUGCUGGAAUCUUCAGGAGGACGCCCAAAACAAUUGAACAACAGGACAGUGAGGACCUGGAGGCCCCGACAGGAGGCUUCGGGCUCCGACGCAAGAGAACCAUCAAGAAGAAAAAAAGAGUUGUCUCCUUCAGAGUCAAGACAACUCGUCCCAAAAUAUCGAAGUUUAAUCUGACUUUCCAGGGUUCAGACAAGAUGGCUGAUAUUCAGGAAGUUGUUGAGAUGCAGGAGCUGAUCCCAGAACAGGAGGGCACCGUGGAUGUCCAGAAUGUGGAGAUGGCAGCUUAUCCCAACGGAGAAAACCCUCUGGGAACUGAGCCGGAAAGCGAUGAAUUGAUGGAAUGGUGGAACACGGUCAAAGGUUGGGCUGAGUGGAACGAAACAUCUAAUUUCCAGGAGGAAGAUGAGGAAAUGGUGAUGGAGCAGGCGGCAGACCGAGUCUACAUGGCCGCCCGUCUGUUUGUGCGUCUUUUCAACCAGCGGGGGGCGUCCUUACAGCAUCGCAUCCUGGAGCUCCUGAGUCUGGCUGACGCCGCCGAUCAAUUCCACAAAAAGACGGUGCAGGCUGCGGUCGGUGGGGGGGUGGCCAGUGUGGCAGGCAGCAUCGCAACAAUCACAGGACUCAUUCUGGCUCCUUUCACUAUGGGCGCAUCGAUCAUCGUGACGGCCGUGGGGAUCGGUGUGGCGACGGCCGGCAGCAUCACCUCAGCUACAGCGAACAUCACGGACACGGUUCACUCCAACAUGGACCGCAAGAAGCUGGAGAAGAUGAUCCAGGGAUACCAGGAGGAGAUCAAAGACAUCAGGGAGUGCAUGGAGUUCGUGCAGGCCGGUAUGGAAACCCUGCAGGAGUGGGACUUUGAGAAAUACUCACAGAGCGCUGCCAAAAAGGCCAUGAACCACAACCUGAAGCACGUGAUGAAGGAGGGCGGCCGCGCAGGAAAAGCCCUGAUGAUCAACACGGAUAAGCUCAUCAGCACCGUGCAGGUUCUAGGAGCUGCAGGCGGCGCCGCUAAAGCUGCUCAGGCCAUCAGCGUCACCACGGGCGUCAUGUCGGGGCUCUUCCUCGCUCUGGAUAUCUUCUUCCUCGCCAAAGACUCCCACGAGCUCCGCAAGGGCGCCAAAACUAAAUUUGCCACCAAAAUCAGGGACGUGUGCAAAGAACUACAAGACGGCCUCCUGGAUCUGAACAAGGUGAAGACGCAGCUGCAGAAAACCAUGGACGGCAUCGAGGUGGAGGAGUACGAGGAGAUCGUGGAGGUGGAGGAGGAGGUGGAAGACGAGUUUGAGUCGGAUCCGAAGAAGCUGGCUGAGCUGGAGCAGGAGCUGGACCUGCUGGAGGAGAAAUUGGACAAGAAGGUGGAGGAGGAGCAGAAGAAAAUAAAAGAGAUGGAGAAGGAAAGCAUUUACAAGGAGAAAAAGAAGGAGAAGGGCAUGCAGGAAAAGGGAGAGGCAGAGGGAAUUAAGAACAAGGAGGAAAUAGAGGAGGAAAUGAGGAAAAGGGAUGCUCUGACAGAGGAGAAGAAGAAGAGUAAGAAGGGGAAAGGUGAAGAAGAAAGCAACAUGGAGAAGAUAUCUGAUGAGGAGAAAGAGCAGGAAGUGGAGACGUUCAAAGCAACCAAAGAAGAGGUUCUAAAAGAACAGUCUCAGAAAGGAAAGAAGAAAGACAAAGAAGCUGAGAACAGAAUCACAUCUUUGAAAGAAAAGCAGGAGAGCAAGCGAGAUCAGACUAGAGAAGAUAAAAGAGUUAAUACAAAGACGGAGGAGAAGGAAAAGGAGAGAGGUAAAGCGGGGAAAGAACAGGAGGAGGUAAAGAGCAGAUCAGGCGACUCAAAAUAUUCUGAGAGGGUCAAACCGGAGAGAGAAAGUAAAAGGAGCAGCAGAGAGGAGGAAAGAGAGGCGACGCAUGAAGGGAGAUCCCUGAAUAAAGAGCAGGAGGGGGAGAGUGUGAGACACAGCAGCAGGAGCCACAAAGAACGAGGGAGCAAACACGACACUAAAGACAGCGAUAAGGGGAGGAAACAGAACGAGAGGCCGGAGAGCAGGAGGAGGAGGGAUGAGGAGAGAGGGGUGAAGGACUGGAGGGCUGAGUCCGAAAGAGGGACGAGAAGGGAGGAACAUGGAGACGUGAGAAAGGAGUCGCAUCGAAGUCACAAAGGGGCGCCGAGGAGGGAGGAAGGGAGCAGCAGGGAGGAGAGGAGUCACCACAGGAGGGAGACUCCUCACGACGAUGAGAGGGGGGACGACAAACGAGGGAGCAGGAUCGAGAGCGCCAGGAGGAAGUUUGAAAGAGCAGGAGGUGAGGAGGAGGGGAAGGGGAAGAGGAGAGAGGAGGAGGGAGAGAAGAGAGGGAGUGAGAGAGCGAGAGGGCACGAACACAGAGGGUCCAGACCUCAAUCCAAAGUGCUGCUGGAGGACGGGCUCAAUAUCUAGACUCGCACAAGUUUACCUUUUUUAUAUUGACACACAUUAUCGUAUGAAACCUUUCGUGCCAAAAUAUUAUAUUAAGAAUGAGGAGGAGGAAUGCUGCAUGUGUUCCGAUUGGACUCCAGUCUUAAAAUGUAUGGUACAAUGUUAAAAGUUAAGAGUUCACUUUAAAAAGAAAAGCAGUUUUUACUUCAGAUAUCACGACCUCUAUAGAAAGCAGAUGUUCCCAAAAGGUCAGCUUUGGUAAAGUCCAAAUUCAAAUGAAUUUGAAUUGCCAAAGACAAGUUUUCCUGCCACGUCACAAAGAGGGAAACAGGUCAAUAGAUCUUAUGCAAUCAUGCUGGCUCCGCUAUCAAGAUUCAGGUUAGAUUUACAGGAGUUUUUACAGGAAAGAAAAACCUGAUCUACGUCUUGUCUUCAUAUCUUGGAUUUCUCUCUCCAGUUCCCAGUUAAUAUGGCAGGAGAGCAGGGUGUCAUUCGUUUGUAAAACCUCGACCAGUUCUUUCAAAUUUAGGACCAUAUUAUCAUUCAUAAAAAUCACGUUGAAAUGUUUCAAACUUCCUAAAGGAGAGAUUAGCCUCAGCUGAACAUGCAGCUGGUGUCAGGUUACAUCUGGGCAUGUCAACAUUAAUGUGAUAUACGCAGGUGCAGUAUUCUGGUGGACGGAUCCCAUCAUUCAAUCAUGAGAUAACUGGAACUGUAGUGAACUGAUUAGUGAUUAUGCGCUUUACUUUGAGUUUUCUGAUGUGCUGAGAGAAAAGUUUAGGGAAAUAAGCUGCAUUUACGUGUGUCUUUAUGGAUGUUACCACUACAAUUUCAAAUCUUGUAAAGAAGGAGUUUUAACUUCCUCUUUUACUACCAAAAGCUGAGGCUCGUUUUAUGAAAUAUUGCCAUAGCAUCCUAAAAGAAAUUCAACAUCUGACCUCGCUGCCAGGCAUGUCAGAUACAGAGGAGAUGCUGCUACUACUACGACAGCGACUUCUUUAUUAACUCGUGUGUUUCUGAAACAUGGGGUCUGUUAAUGUUUAUAGUUCUGGUACUUCAGGGAUACUGCAAACUUUUUUUAGGACUCUUUCAGUCUAUAAUGUGCCUUUUUUGCAGGGUUUUUUGUACGUUUUUAACCAAAGCGAGUAUAAACAGGAAACACAGGAAUCAUUUCCUACUGCUGUCAAUGUUCCUCGGUGUCUCGUUUUCUGUCUUUUUUAAAACCAGUUAAGACAGUUUUGACCGAUGCACUUUAACUUUCCUUCUUCCCGUCAGGUUUGAUGUAUUUACUGUCACUUCUGGAUGUAUGAUUGCGUAAUGUUUGUGUGUAUUCAUCUCGUUGUCUUCAGUCGGUUGUAUUUUUAUAUGUUCACUAUGUGUUUUAUACGGGUAAAUAUUUCUAUGGUGUUGGUUUCUUACAGAACAAAUAAAUUAUUACACUUA